AUGGGGAGUUGCUUGAGCAACCAGAUAAAGGCUGAGAGCCCUUCUUACACAGGCACGGGCUCGUCGAGAAUGGUGAGUGGGGAUGUGACGAAUUUACGUAACUUGAGUCGAAAGACAUCCUCAUCAUCGUCUGUGCCCCCAACUCCUAGAACCGAAGGCGAGAUAUUACAGUCACCAAACCUUAAAAGCUUCAACUUUAGCGAUCUUAGGACAGCCACCAAAAACUUCCGGCCGGACAGCGUCUUAGGAGAGGGAGGCUUCGGCUCGGUUUACAAAGGGUGGCUCGACGAGAAUUCGCUGGCGGCAUCACGGCCCGGCUCAGGUAUGGUUGUGGCCGUCAAGAGGCUGAAACAGGAUGGGUGGCAAGGGCAUAAGGAAUGGUUGGCCGAGAUCAACUAUUUGGGGCAAAUUAGUCAUCCGAAUCUCGUGAAGUUAAUCGGUUACUGCUUAGAGGAUGACCACAGGCUUUUGGUGUACGAGUUCAUGCCGAAGGGUAGCUUGGAAAAUCAUCUAUUUAGGAGAGGAUUGUACUUUCAGCCACUUCCAUGGACUCUGAGAAUGAAGAUUGCUCUCGAUGCUGCAAGAGGGCUAGCCUUUCUUCAUAGUGAUGAAAUAAAAGUAAUAUACCGGGACUUCAAGGCUUCUAACAUCCUUCUCGAUUCGAGGAGGAGAUUGACCUCCGAGGGGCAGUGUCAAGGCUUAGAGGUGCAGUCACCCUUAGAGGCAAUGGUGGAAGCUGCGUACGCACCUCUAAGGGUGACUGCACCUCUAAGUCUCGACACUGCCUCUCGGAGGUCAAUCUCCUCCUCUGCCCCGGGUCCGAAAAAAUUCAGAUGUAUCAAAUGCCGAGUGCGCUUCACUUCGGCCGAUAAUCUAUCGCGCCAUUGGGGAGAGCUUUCAGAUCAUCUGUCGAUCAAGCUGAAGAAACUUCGAUGCAAAUGUGGCAACUACUUGAAGACGGAAGCUGGAAGGAAAAUGCAUCUCAGACAUUGUCUCCACUUGGCCCCACCUGCCCCUUCUACUUUCAGCUGCUUAUUUCCCCGAGUGCAUAUUCGAGACGGAGAGAGAUCAGAUCUCUGA